AUGCCUUCAAUAGCACAAGAAGAUUGGGAUAUCCCAUCUAUGGAUUUUCAUAUGAGUACAAAUGGAGCUAUGAAUCUAUUAAAGAGAAGGAGGGAUGUUGCGAAUUUUGCGGAUGCGAGGGAUGAGGAGGUGCAGAUGAAGAUUAAUAGUCCUAGACAUUCACACAUCCAUCCACAUCCACACAACAUCUAUCCACACGCCAUGCACCAUGAAUCCGAACGCAGGCACUUAAUUCCCCGGUCAAAAAUGAGUCUAAACAAACGAGUUCGAGUCGAAUAUCUACCCUCAGAGCCCGAGUCUAGAAUCGAACAAACGAAGGAGAAAGAGAAAAGUGGAUCUGGAAUGGAUUUACGAGCUUGUCACAUAUGUCGACGCAAACCGACUGUGAAGAAGGAAUUGGAUGCGUUUGCGAAUUGUGAGGGGUGCGGGAAGAGAGCUUGUUGGGUGUGUAUCAGGGAGUGUCUUGGAGGAUGGGGGAAUACGGAAAUGGGAGAAGAAGUUGGAGGGAAGGAGGGCUGGGGAGAGAAGGGAAUGAAGCAUAGGGGGAUGGUUUGUAGCAGAUGCUGUGUGGAGAGGGGAACUGAGGGAGAUGUGCUUUGUUUAGGGUGCUUGAGGAUGGAGGGGAGCUGAAAUUUUUUGUUCUCACGGAAAAAACAUUUACUGGGAUUUGGCACUGCCGGGAGGGAAAUAGGGCGCAUUAUGGAAAUUUAAGCAAGCUUGCGGUGCGGGUAAGCUCUGGAUUCGAUUUACCGAGGAGUAAACUCGAGGUAGGAUUCUCCGGUUCGAUGGGAAUGAUUCGAUGGAAUGAGCGAUGCGAUCGAUACCCAUUUUGAUCUGGAGUCUUAGGGUUGGCAAUCUUGCAAUGAUAAUGAUUUGCAUAUAAUAUGGGUUAUCUGGGUUUCUUUUUACGCGUUACCAUAUACAUAUAUUAUGAAUAUCGAUAUGUUUUAUUGGCUAUUUUGUUAUACUACCUUUGGCUCGUGAAUACUGUAUGGGUUUGAAUAGUCGCAUAACUAGGUGUGUUUAUAUGACAAGGUAUUCAAAAUCUG